AUGCCGGGUCUGUACGCGCUCUCCUCCUGGGAGGCUCUGCCCCUGAAGAGCUCCAGGGUGAAGGCUUGUGCCAACGGCUACGCCCUGAGCAUCACCGCCCACCUCGUGUACACCAACCCCCGCGAGGAGCCCGUGGAAGGCGUCUUCAUCUACCCGCUGGAGGAGUCGGAGGUGGUGGCCGGCUUCGAGGCGGCGGCGGGCAGCCGGCGGGUCACCUUCCAGGUGCAGAGCCGGCACCGGGCGCAGGACUGCUGCCUCGAGUGCCGCACCAGCCCCGGGCGGCCACGCCGCUGUGCCGGCGGCCACCUCGUCCUGGACGAAGACGCCGAGCGCUCCACCUUCAUCAUCAGCACGGGCUUGCUGGGCCCGGCCGAGAGCCUGGCCGUGACGCUGCGCACGGCGCAGGAGCUGCCCACGCUGCCGGGGGGGGCCCUGCGCCUCGUCCUCCCCCCGGUCCUCGCGCCCCGCGUCGCCGCCGCCCCCGAGCGUGAGAGCGAGCCGGGAAGCUUGUGUGACGACAGCCCCACCAGCUGUUUCGGGGGGCCCGGCGCACGGAGCCAGCCUGCCCCCGCGGCCCCCGCGGAGAGCACGGACAUCUUCUGGGGACAGCCCCGCAACCCCUUUCCUUACGAGUUCGCCUUUGAGCUGCUGGUGAAGGGCCCCUGCUUGCUGGCAGGCCUGGAGAGCCCGACCCACGCGCUGCGUGCCGACGCCGACCCCUGGGCCACCUCCGCCACCACCACCUGUGUCACCCUGGCUGAGCAUCACCGCUACGACAGGGACGUGGAGAUCAUCCUCUACCCCUGCGAGCCCCACCAGCCCCACCUGGUGAUGGAGGAAGGCACCAUGAGCUACCCCGAGUACGAGGCGCACAUCCGGAGCCGCCGGGACUACGCGCGGAUAGCCAGGAAGGAUGGCAGCGGCGAGAGACAGGUGGCUUUUGUGCAGAAGCGUUUCCACAAAGACAUCUUCCCCAACCCCGUGCUGAUGCUCAACUUCUGCCCGGCGGUGGAGCCCAUCCCGGGGGACCUGCAGAGCGUCACCCGCGAGGUCCUCUUCCUCGUCGACCGCAGCGGCACCAUGAGCGGCCCCGACGUCGACAAGGAAGCUCUGCUGGUGGCCCUGAAGAGCCUCCCGUCGGGGACCCUGCUCAACAUCGCCGGCUUCGGCUCCGACGUCCAGCCGCUCUUCCCCUCCAGCCGCCUCUGCAGCAACGAGACGCUGUGCCAUGCCUGCCGGCACCUGGGUGAGCUGCGGGCGGCCACGGGUGGCCCCAACCUCCUGGCGGCCCUGAGCUGGGCGCUGGCGCAGCCCCUGCACCACGGCUACCCCCGGCAGCUCUUCCUCUUCACCGCGGCGGCGGCAGCGGGCGGCGCGGGCAGGAUCCUCCAGCUGGUGCGCCGGCAGGCCAGCACCGCCAGGUGCUUCAGCUUCGGCAUGGGCCCGCGGGCGUGCCGGCGGCUGCUGACGGCCAUGGCCAAGCUGAGCCGGGGCCGUGCCGAGUUCCUGAGCCCGGCCGAGAGGCUGCAGCCCAAGCUCAUCAAGUCCCUGAAGAAGGCGAUCGAGCCGGCCGUCAGCGACAUCACCAUCGACUGGUACGUCCCCGACAGCACCGAGGCCCUGCUCUCGCCCACUGAGAUCGCAGCCCUGUACCCCGGUGACCGGCUCGUCAGCUACUGCACCCUGUACAGCAUCGCCCGAUUCCGGGACAGGCGCCCGGCGGGCCGGGACAGGGCUCGACGGGGCUCGGCUGUCCCCUCGCAGGACGAGGUGCCCAGUCCUGGGGGGACGCGGCCGCCGGUGCCUGGGGAGCGCCGUGAGCCGUCCCGAGGCAGCGCGGGCUCCGGAGAGGCCUCCCUGGAGGUCUCGGCUGGUGGCACGGAGGAGUCGGAGCGGAGCACGGACCUCGUUUCGGGGGGAGACAUCUGGAAGCGGAUUUACCAGCCCUCCUACAUCCAGGAGCAGUACGUCCUGACGCACUGCUCCGUCAGCACCGACCGCAGCCAGGGGCUGCUCUCCCGCAGCUCCACCAGCAGCGAGUCCACCGGCUCCCGCGACGUGGCCCCCGAGGGAGGCUCCCCGGCCCCCGACGCCGCCUCCCAGCAGGGCCAGAAGAGCCUGUCCCUCUGCGAGUCCUCCACCAAAUCCGCCCCGCUGCCCUCGGCCCCGGCCCCGGCUGGCGUCAAGGUACCGGUGGCCCUGAGCACCGAGGAGCUGGCGCGGCGGCAGAAGGCGCUGGCACGAGCCGCCCUGGCCGGCCGCAGCUUUUCCUCGCCGCACGGGGAGCUGGACGCACGCCGGCUCUGCCGGGCCCUGGAGAAGGUGUCGCAGAAGAGGAACCAGUCCCUGGAGGGGCGGCUGGACCAGCUGGGUCCCAAGACGCCGCGGCUGCAGCACAGCGUGGGGGAGUCGAAUAACCUCCUCUCGCCCACCCACCUGGACUGGGACAUGCUGGUGGAGCCCUCCUACCUCUUCAGCGCGUCGCCCGAGGCGAGGGAGCCCAGCCAGGGCGAUCCCUGCCUGCCCCUGCGCUGCCACGUGGUGAUCCACGGGCUGCGGGCCGGCAAACCCGUGUCCUGGGAGGUGACGGCCUCGCUCGAGUCCCUGCUGCGGCCCCGGGACGGGACGGGCAGCGAGGAGCCCCGGCGGCGGGCGGGCGUGGACGGGGAGAAGCCGCUGCACGGCUUGGCGGCACGCUCCGUCAUCCGGGACAGCGAGACGGCGGCUCAGCGGGAGGCCGAGCUGGAGCAGGGUUUCGCCCGCCGGUUUCGCCUGAAAGCCAUGCAGACCAGCAAAGCCUGCAACGUGCCUUCCCUCUACACCUGCGUGGUGCCCGUGGAUGGAGCCACGCGGGCAGCGCUGCCCACGGCCCCGCAGGUGUGGGGCAGAGCCGGCUCGGCCAGCCACCCGCGCACGGGCACGGCCGGGAGCUGGCGGCACCGGAGCGGCUCGGCGAGCCUGGGCCAGCAGCGGGACGUGGAGGAGCAGGACGAGGCUCUCAUCGGCGCAGAGAGGGAUGAGGUCCCCGGGUCUCCAGCCAGCGUCUCCUCCGCCACCUCGGGCUGGGAAAAGCAGAACGGCACUAACGGGCCUCCAACCAGCCCCUCCACCUCCUCCAUGGGCUCCCAGAAAUCCACGGAGAGCAUCGCUGGCUCCAGGUUCAGCCUGAGCCGGCGCAGGGGGCCCAGCCUGGCGCUGCGCCCGCACUGCCUCAGCCCGGAGAGCGAGCGCUCCAGCACCAGCGCCAGCCACGACUACCUGCCGCUGGUGCAGCUGCAGCAAGCCCGGGGGCCCUUCCAGCUCACCGAGAGCUUCUCCGAGGUGGUGCAGAUCCCCCUGGACCGCCUGCGCCGGGCCUCCCCGUACGCCUCCCACCGCGCCAGCCUCAGCCCCACGUCCCCCGUGGCCAAGAGCAGCCCCGGGGCAGGGCCCUCCGCCGAGGAGCAGCCGGCGGCAGCCCCCGAGCCCGGGUCGCCCCCGUCCCACAGCACCUGCUCCGAGGUGCCCAGCGCGGCCGUGUGGGCGCAGGCGGACAGCGGGCACGGCUCCGAGUCCGACACCGGCCCCCAGUCGGCCGCCCCCUCCGAGGCUGGCCUCAGCUGGCAGGAUGCGGGCCCAGAGGACCUGGAGAGCGCCAGCUGGGCCACGGCGGUGGCCCUGGCGUGGCUGGAGCACCGCUGCGCCGGCUUCUUCGAGGAGUGGGAGCUGGUGGCGGCCAAGGCGGACGCGUGGCUGCAGGCGCAGCGGCUGCCCGAGGGCGUGGACGUGGGCUGCCUCAAAGGGGCAGCCAGGCACUUGUUCCUGCUGCUGCGUCACUGGGACGAGAACAUCAAGCUGAACAUGCUGUGCUACAACCCCAACAACGUGUGA